AUGUCAUUUCUGGACUGUACCGGACCAGGUUUUGUCCGCUCUUCUUUUUUUCUUCCACAAACAGAUAGAGAAGUUGAGGUCCUCCAGAAUUUGACUAACACUUUUAAGAUUGUUCUUUGGCAACCUCCUUCGCCCAUGAACAUAAUGAAGGAUGAACAAGUCCACUUCUACGUAAAUGUAUCUGAUGUAAGGGACGUGAAAGCCCAACUAAACCUCUAUACCAUUCAAUACAGAGUUUUGCUAGAAGAUGUCCGUGGGCUUGUUCAGACGCAAACUGUCAAUGACACAGGUAUCCCUCGUGCUUCUGUGUCCUACUAUGAACAAUACCAUUCUCUGAAAGAAAUAUACCACUGGAUGGAUCAUGUAGUUGCAAAAAAUGGCAGUAUUCUCCAAAAAAUACACAUUGGGACUUCCUAUGAAAAACGGCCACUUUAUAUCCUGAAGGUCUCCAAUAGAGAAGAUACAACACACAAAAAUGCCAUAUGGAUAGACUGCGGUAUCCAUGCCAGGGAAUGGAUUGCUCCUGCUUUUUGUCUUUGGUUCAUUGGACAUGUGACUCAUUCCAGACGGAGAGAUGAAGUUAUGGCUAGUCUUCUGCAGCACUUUGACUUCUAUGUCAUGCCAGUCGUAAAUGUGGAUGGCUAUGAAUACACAUGGACUACUAAGAAUCGGAUGUGGAGAAAAAGCCGCUCUCUACAUGGCAACAACAUCUGCUUUGGUACAGACCUGAACAGAAAUUUUGAUUCAGGCUGGUGUGGUAAAGGUGCCUCUGACGAUCCCUGUGAUGAGACCUACUGUGGACCUUACCCUGAGUCUGAGCCAGAAGUGAAAGCUGUGGUCAACUUUCUAAGAAGGCAUCGGAAUCGUAUAAAGGCGUACAUAACAAUGCAUUCGUAUUCGCAGAUGGUGCUGUUUCCAUAUUCCUACACCUUCAACAGAAGUAAAGAUCAUGAUGAGCUGCUGUUGGUGGCAAAUAAAAUAGCCCGUGCCAUCGCAGACAACCACUGGAACCGCUAUCGAGCUGGCCCUUCAGCAAAAACAAUAUAUUUAGCCCCAGGAGGAUCAGAUGACUGGGCAUAUGACCUUGGGAUUAAGUACUCUUUCACUUUUGAACUUCAGGACAAAGGGAGAUACGGAUUCUUGCUUCCUCAGAGACUCAUUAAACCAACUUGUUCCGAAGCACUCACGGGGAUCAAAAUAAUAGCUUCCCAUAUUUCCGACAAUCUGUGAG